UCCGUGAGAGGAACCGGGGCGUCUUGCACCGCCGUGAGGGGACUGGCUUCUCCGUGAGGGGAACCGAGCCUGCCGUGACCGCCGUGCACCUCCGUGAGCGCAACCGGGAACGAGCCCCGGCCGGCCCCUCUGUGAGGGGAUCCGGCAGUGAGCCCAGUCCGGAGUUAUCUCCGUGAGGGGAACCGAAAUGGGACUUGCAAAAUGUGAAAUAUAUCAGGAUUAUUUUAAAUUAGAAUGUUUUUUCAUGUAAAGUCUUUGUAUGCUUUCAAACCUAAUCAGCAAGAAAGGAGACAUAAUGAGUGGGAAGACAGCAGCUAGCAGCCCUUAGUCAAGACAUAUGGGAACUAACAAGCUUUAGGGAUGUAGUAAAUAAAAAUGUUGAUGUGUGUGUGUGUGUAUACAUUGAUAAUUUGGCAAAGGACUCGAGGGCUGUAUAUCCUACAGCUGAACUAUCUUCAUUAUAAUACUUAAGAUCAUGCCUAAGGGUCAAAAAGACCUUGCCCAGGUGCAGACCCUUCCCCAUUGCAUGUGGAGAAGUUAGCUGGCAAUUGGCUAACUUGUAUGGAAAUUACUAAAUAAUCUUAAUAGAGGGGCUUACCUUGGAAGAAGACUAACUCUGAACUUCUGUAAAUAAUGGUGUGGAAAGUCCAGUGAGGCGUGUUGGAUUUGUGGAAACCCACCAAGAAUCCAGGCUUGUGCAAAUAAUAUCUCUCUCAAGUGUGUAAUUAUUGGCUUGUUGCACACCACAUAAUAAAUCUGAUUUUGAGGACAACAGGAUGGAAUUGCCUUGAGGAGAACACCUGGAUAUCCAGGCUACACCAGGAGAAAGCAGCUCCAUCCCUCCUCACACUUCUUGUUCCACUCUGAACAGAACCAUUCCAGGUUGUUUUUGCUAUGUGAAGAUGCCCUGAGGAGCAAGCCUGCCCCAGGACCAGAUCUUCCACCAGCCAGUGACCCAGAAACUUUACAGAUCCAUGAAAAUGCAGCCUGCCACAUGCUGUGCACGUUCCUCCUUUUUCCCCCUCGUUUUUCAUCUUUCAUACAGCCUUUCAUAGCAUCACAUUUCUGUUCACGUGCAUGAACUAUACACUCACACAUCUUUUCAGUGUAAAGGCCAUGUAUGUAUCAGUAUGGAUGGAUGUCCAGAAUAACCAUUAAUUAGCAGUAACAUACAUCAGCAGAUGAUGCAGAAGAAAGGGAGAGAGCAGCCUCGAUGCAGACCACCUCCAGUACAAGCUACCAUCAGCAUUAUGUAUUUUAACAGUGUGCAUUAAAGGAAAAUACAGUGCUGAAGUCACCAUCCCUGGAAAUGUUCAAAAAACUUGUGGAUGUGGCACUUGGGGACAUGGUUUAGUGGUGACCUUGGCAGUGCUGCAUUAAUGAUCUAAAAGGGCUUUUCCAACCUUUAUAAUUCUGACCCUAUAAAACGCGAGAAGGAAAGGAGGAGGGGAUACCAAAUUUCCAUCUUUGGUGUUAAAUUUUAAAGAAAGAAAACGCUGCUAACACUUUUCAGUUAAUUCACCAUAUCUGAAGGCAUGAGAGAGCAGGGCCCACUGGGUCUGCCUGCAGCUGAAGGGCACUAAUGAGCAGCUAUUACUUAUUUGGCUAAAUCCUGUAACCCGAGUCUUCGUGGUGCACACAGGAGACGGGUGAAUGCUGCUGGGCAAGAGCCUCGAGCAGCCACACUAAAGAUUUGAUGAAAUGCUCCUAUUAUGAUACUUUGCAGCCUGCACAAGUUACAGGUUACCUGAUCCUCUGCUGUACCUGAGCCUCAUUGUUGCAGCUUUUAAUAACUGAAUAUCCAGACGACCUUUAAAGGUGCCUUUGAGGAAAGAACUGACAAGAGUCGGUAUUCCCAGCUCAAAAUGGGCAACAAGCAAACCAUUUUCACUCAGGAGCAACUGGAUGCAUAUCAGGUAUAAAGCAAACUGAAUGGCUCUUUGGGCAGGACGUUGAAUAAUGGCAAAGGUGUUGUUGGGUUUUUUAAAAAAACAUCUUUUAAAAAUUAGUAAGCAGAAGUACUGAAUUGCAGCAAAGAUUUUAGGAACGUAGUUUGAUUUUUACAUCAAAAGGAAGGGUUAUAAGAUAUGUCUAAUUUUAUGCCAAAAAGAAAUCUUAAUGUUUACACAUGUACUACAGUAUAACUUCUUUUAAGUCACUGCAUGGGAAAAGUUUGGGCCAGUGCGUGCUAAAAACUGUCAUUUCGUGUUAUACUUUUUCUUAUUUCAUAGGACUGCACAUUUUUCACAAGGAAAGAAAUUUUGAGGACAACCCAUUCCGGCAGCGCAUAGCGGAGGUGUUCUCAGAGCACGGCGACGGCAAUAUGACUUUGGAUGAUUUUUUGGACAUGUUUUCUGUGCUAAGUGAAAUGGCUCCCCGGGACUUGAAAGCUUAUUACGCUUUUAAAAUUUAUGACUUCAACAAUGAUGAUUACAUAUGCAAAUCAGAUCUAGAGAAAACUGUUAACAAAUUAACCCGAAACGAACUGACCCCGGAAGAAGUCAGCCUGGUGUGUGAAAAGGUGAUUUACGAGGCUGAUGUGGACAAUGAUGGCAAGCUGUCCCUGGCAGACUUUCAGCAUAUGAUCAUACGAGCUCCAGAUUUCCUCAGCACCUUUCAUAUUCGAAUCUGAAUCUAGUCAGCCACAGGACAGGAAUGCUUCUGGGACUUUCAACAACUAUUACUUCACCUGAGAUUACCAGCCAUGAGAGCACAAGAUGAGAGGGGCAAAGAGGACAACUUCUGGUAACUGAACCAUUCAGAGAACUGUCUUUUCUUUAUCUCUUUAAAAGGAACAAUUCAUUAAGCUCUUCAUUAGGAUUUCCCUGUAAUUUAACAAAAUGUCUACACCCCACCCUGAGAGCAAACCUGGCCUGGACAGUCAGAAGGGAAAUACUUUUUUUGAAGUUCAGAUACCACCAGGAAGUAAAGAAACUUGUAUCAAACUAUAACCUCUAAAAAUUCACCCCAAAAUGCCUUAACCAGUAAAAAAAACCCUUUAGUUUCAAAAACAUAAAUAACUCCACUGAUUAUUUAUGGUCUUAAUAAAUGGUCCAAUGAAUCAAUUCCUGAAGUAUUCUCCCACAGUGCAGGAUUUACAAUGAAAAAGUCAGCGUAGUUUAGAGACAAAAGAGUCUACCCCAGGUCCUUUCCCUCUUCUCCAUUUUCAGAAAUUCCCUAUUUUCCACACCCACCAGGGUCCCUACGCACAAAGGAUGAACAGGACUGAAAACUGAAGUCUGUAAAAUUCUCUUUUCAUAAGAAGUUUAUUUAUGCAGUGCUUAGGGUCCUGUACAAGAGAGUAAAAACAGACAUACUGUAAUAAACAACAGUUUUGUUUUAAUACAAACAUGAAAAUCAAUGAGAAGUGUUUAAGAAAGCAGUUGUAAUGUGGGAAGGGUGGCAGCCAAAAGCCAUCAUUUGAAAAAUACAAUUUACAGUUAUUUUUACAAAUGUUGGGGUGCAUUAAAUUCCCUUCAAAACAAAGUCCCAACUCACACUCAAUGCAGAGCAGGGGAUUCCUGCAGAAAGGCUGGAGAGAGCAGUUAACCAGCCAGUUACCUUUACUAACCACAGAAACUCCAGAUCAGAGAAGGAUGGGUCAGGGAAUAAGGCAGCCUGGAACACUCAGACUGCAGUUACCAUUCACAUUCCUUUGAACAGAUCUUUAAUUAAGCUAGAAAUGAAGACACAAGUUAAGUCAUCAUUCUUCCCCAAGCCCCUACAACUUCUACAAGCACAAAGGAGCCCAUCCUCAUGCAGCUGUUUCUGUAUUCCCCUGGCAAGUCCAAGAGAACAAGAAAUCAUGGCAGUUUUGAGCAUGAUCAUCAGCCAAACACACACCACAACAACCCCUUAGCAAUCAUCAGGGAGAUGAUCAGCAUCUCACAGGAAAGGAGAGACCUAAUAAUUUGCAGCAGCAGUAAAGAGACUUACAAUAAUCCAUAGGAUUUAUAAAUCUGAGGCUGGAAGUCUGAUGCUGGCAUAAGGUUCUGAUGUCAGGAAACGUGAGCUGUGCCUGUCAGCACGGGACAAAGAUAACACAGGUGUUAAAAAAGUGUUAGAACAGCAGCUCCACCAUUUACUGAGAGACUGACAGGCCUCCACCACUGCAACCAGCCUCAAAAAUAAGGUCAACCACAGAAUUCCAUGAUACUCACUAAAAUAAGGGAAUUUGAGGACAUGCUCAAAAAUGGGUUUGUUUCUCUACAAAACAAAUGUUAAUCAAUUACUUGACAUUUUAGUGGUAUUUAGACACUGAGAAUGUGUAGUAAGCACAGUUAGUUUUGCAGACCUACUUCAAUUCCUCAGUUUUAUAAGUUUUGUACCCAAUUUCUGAUUUUUUCCUCCUUAGUUCAAGAAAGCUUAGACACAAGUAGAUUAUGUAUGUAUUUACAGAGUACCUCUCUGACAAUUGCAUUUUCCAUUACAUUCAUACUUAAUAAACACAGUAAUUGAAUGAUGUGAUGGAAACAUACUGUACUUCUCUAGAUUUGAAGCCUGUGUUUAGUGACACAUAGCUAAGCCCAUGUGCAGUGCAGUGUCUUUAACCCUUUCCUCUCUUACACUUGCAUUUUAGGUUCCAUGCUGCUUACACAGAUUUAGUACCUGUGUAGAGCCUUCAUACCAGGUACAGUGAUGACAGUAGUCACAGUAACUGCAUGAGACUUCCUGAGAUCAAGCAAAAAUGUUGUUGUUCACAAACCCAACCAUUUCAAAGGAAAUAAUGUUAUAAUUAGGUACAUAAACACAUACAACAACCAGCAUAAACAGAAGGUAUUCACAUACAAAGAAUUCUGAAUGCAAGAGUAACUUCAGAUUUAGAAAAUGAGUGAAAAAUCACAAUACCAUCCUUCAUGUUUUACCCACUUGUAAAUGAAUAUGGUUUGCUUUCCCAUCUUGGGAUGAGUUAUUGAUAAAGUCCACAGGCAAGAACCAGCAUCAUGGCAGACCCAUGGUAUCAAGUCAGAUAAACACCAAUUUUUCCAGUCACUCUGAAAAACAAAUCUGGCUCAGCAUCUGGCUGUAUUGAGCACAACACAGAUGCAAGACAAUCCACAGUUAUUACUACGCCAGAAGCAAAUUGUUACAGAGUUAUGCAGGAAAUUCAGCCUGUCUUACCACUGCCCCAGUUGUGCCUCAGUCAUUUAUUGAAGCACACACAAA